AUGUCCUUAGAUGCUCUGUUUCUUUACCAAGAAGAUUAUGUGUAUGGCAAUAGUAUGGGCGACUUUGGUGCCAGGAUGUUGGCUAAAGCACUACAGAUCAACACUAAGCUGACGGCUUUAGUCUGGGACAAGAACAACACAACUGUGCAGGGAUUUGAAGACAUAGCAGCUGCUUUGCAGAAGAACUACACAGUGCGUAAGAUGCCUGCUCCUUUCCAUGAUGCAGCAGCUGCUCUGAAGGUCACACCAGACAGAACAGAAAAAGCACUGCAGACUAUUGAAAGACUCUUGCAGAGAAAUCACAGUCCUAGGAAAUUUGCCAGUGAACAGGCUUUUAGACUACAGCAGGGAUUUCUGAUCAGCUCUACACAGCAGAUGGUGGACAAGCUAGUAGUGCACCUGCAGGAUACCAUCAAUGCCCUGAACAUGAGUUCUAGUGAUGAGUUCAGGGCGGACAUUGAGAGUGGACAGCAGUACAUCACUGAUGCUGACAACUCUAAACAGCUUCUCCCAAAGCUCCAAGAGAUAGCUCUGAGUCAAGAGGCCGAGGGGAACCCAGUCCAGGCCAAACUGCAGUCUAUAACACAGGAACUGGGAGAUCUGGUUGAGGAGCAGAUGAAGGGUACAGUCAGUGAGAUGUUGAGCUGUGCCAAGGAGCAGUGCCCUGGGGUGUUAGACAGUGAGACGGUGAAGGAAGAACUGGAGGAGGGGAGCACAGAGAGGAGCCAGUUCCCCAAAGAUUUCACCAAGAUUCUUAUCAUGGACCAAGUGGGAACAGAUGUCCUCAAUAAAAUAAGUGAACUGAACCUGUCAGUGGCAGCCUACAUCUCUGACAGAAUGGUGGACCAAGUGAUAGAAGCAUUGGGAACAACUCAGAAAACAUUGACCAAUCAUUUGAAUACACGGAAGAGCCUGCAAAGGGCGCUGCCUGAGAAGGUCCAGCAAGAGGAGAAGCAGGAUGGAGAGAGCAGCGAGAAGGAACAGUUUACCAUUGACAGGGAAGAGAAAGAGAAACCUUCGCCUGGGCUUCUGUUAUUUCCCACAUGGCCAGCGUGGGGUGACUCUCCCAAGGUCCGAAGCAAAAGGCAGAGCAUGUACAUGAGGAAGAUGAGACCGCAGUCUGUUGUAGAUCUGGAAACUCUACCGCUGGAAUCUUUUGAGGUUGGGAGGCUUUCUGCUCCAAGGCAGCCAGUUGAAGACUUUGAAUCGGUCUCGUCCUUGGAAAGUGCACCUCAUAGGGACAGGAGAGAAAGACCCCUGUCCAAUUUAUCACGCAGCAGUUUUCAUCUUGAGGAGUCGGAAACUGAUUUGCUUGGUGACCUUAUACAAACUUUAAAAGCCCAAUCUGCCUCAGAUGACUUGAGGAGACAGAGUGCCUAUUUGUUAAUGAAAGGAGACAGAAAUAUAGCUAAAGAAACCUUGAAGGAUGCCUCUAAAGCUGUGUCCAGGAAGUCAUCAGCAGAGAUGAAUUCUGGGAUUGAAGAAGAGGAGAAGGAAGAUGAGAAUAGGAAUCCAUGGAGAAAUGAUGCAGAAUCAGAGGUUCAUAUAGAAAGUGAUGUAGAAUUGGAUAAAGCAGCACUGCAACUUCAUCCGCAAGCUGAAACAUUUUCAAAAACUGCUGGUAGUAGAGUUAUGGUUAAUGUGAACGGGAUCGCCCGUGAUUGUGAUGCAGACAAAAAAUUAGCAGAAAGAAGUAAGGAAGAAGAGAUCACAAAAAUGACAACUUCUGUUAAUGUGGAACAGCCCCCACCUUCAGAAGACAAACCCAAAGAUGCUAAGGAGGCCCCACAACCUGUUCCAGCGCCAAGAACACGAUCAGCAGCACGUGCGUCGCGUCUGGCUGCAGAAAAGAAUGCCGAGGAAGCUGCCUCUGAAGCCAAAUCUCCAGCGCAUCCAUCAACAACAGUACCAACAACAUCGACUACAGCAACAACUGCACCAUCAUCAUCAACAGCAGCAGUAACAACUACUACGACAACAACAACAACUACGACAUCUGUCAGGGAGGAGACAACCCCAGCUGUUAAAGUGUCGUCUGCUCAACAAUCUCCUGUGAAGGUGCCGUCUACCCCAUCGCCAGCAAAGGCAGAGAGCAGUUCCUCCAAACCACACCCCACAGCUGUGAAAGCAGAAAAAGACAGCACAGAUGGACCCUCCCCGAAGCAACCAAUGAAACCAAAGCCUUUACUUCGCCCCAAACCUCCCCCAGUCGCACCUAAACCCAAACCUAAGCCCCGCCCUAAGGCAGGUUCCAUGACUCCAGAAGGGAGCCCAGCAGGAAAAGAUGCUUCUGGCACCAAGGAAGAGGAGUCGACCUCCCGCCCAUCCAGCAUGUUAGAAGACAAUGAGGACCACGCUGAGAAUUCUGAAGAAUCUCCAGGAAAAGAUCAGAUACUAGGUGGCAGCAGCAGCACAGAGGACCUGGCAGACAAGACAGGACACAGCUCUGAGGAAUCUUUACCCACAGAUGUGAUGGCACGCUCACGCUCCCUUCACGGCAACUUGGCAUCCACACCUGCUGCUGAGCGUCAGCAGAAAACCCGCAGUUUGUUCAGUGCUCUUUCCAAGGAGAUGGAAUCCCAGUUUCAGAAGAAAGAGGACCAGCCACAUGCAUUCAAAGGACGGAACUCUGGUGCAAAUGAUGCUGUGGCAACACAGGAGGAGAGUUCUGCUCUUAAUCUAGGUGGCAGCACUAAACAAGACAAGCCUAGUAGAGCCACCAUUGAAGACAAGCCAAGUGGGGAUGUUGUGCCUGAAGAUAGCUCUCUAAAACAAAAACAACAACAACAAGAGCACAUUUCUGAUUUAAAGGCAGAAAAAUCUGAUAAAUCAGAAGAGCAUGUUACGCCUCCGCCAUUUGACGGGAAAACAAGUGAAGGGGGAGCAUCGACCGAUGAGUUUGAGUUUGUAGAUGAAGAAGAUGUGGUGAUGGUGUAAGUGUUAGAAUCAGAGUGAGGUGAACCCUGGAACUUUCCUCCACCUCCUUCUUAUCAUCAUUUUGCCCAUUUUUCCACGAAAUCAUGACCAAAAAGGACAACCUUCUCAUCCCCAAAUCAACCAAUAAAAAUAAUUACCAGCAUGGCCAUAAAGGUCUAUGAAAACCAUUUCCUCUGUAUCUAGGGAUUACAAAUUUUGUAUUGAAAACAAUGUCUCUGUGGCUAAUAAUAUUUGUUAUAUCCAUCAUAUUGCUUUUCAUAUUAUUUAUAAAAGACAAAGGUAUUAUCUAGUAUUUCAAUCAACAGAUUUCAUAUUUAUUGUAAUAUUAGAAGAAAGAUAAGCAUGAUGUGCAUCAUCUUGUAGAAAUAAAAGUAAGUGGUUGAUAUGCUAUAGGUUAAGGUUUAUAAUCGGGCAUACAAUUCAAAGGUACCAUGUAUAGAUAUAAAGUAUAGCCAAUUGUAUCAUUGUUCAUUAUGUUUAUAAUGCCUGUUUUUACUUGGCUGUGCACAGAGCAAAGGUUUCUCAUGGCGUGCUUACACAAGGUCAUAGAUGGGGAUUGGACUGUUCUUGUCCCUGUGGUGUCCCCCUAUGUAAACUAAUCAUUGGUGAUGUCACUUGGUAUAUUCAGGUUUAAUUUGGUCAUGAUGUUGAUGCGCCCACAAAUAUUAAACACAAUUUAAAAUCUUUACAGACCACACAAUUUUUUUUAAUUCGUUGUGAAAGCUUGGCAACUGAUGACCAGGUGAUAUUUUACAGGGUGAUAUUUCAAAUAUUCAGAUUGUUAUCUUCUACUUGCCUUAUUGACAGUUAUAUUUUAUGAGAUGAAUAUAAAAUACAGGGAUAAUUUUGUCAAUAUAAGAUUUGCCAGUCUUUACAUAUGAUGCUUUCAAUAGUUUUACAAGUCAGGUCCCAGCUACUGAGAGUAAUUUUUCAGUAGUUUAUGUUUUUCACAUGAUAUUUAAGAGUUGAUGAAAGGGUCUAUCAAGGUUGAAGUCCCAUUUAUUUUUAAUUUAUUUUAGUUAUUUAUUUGAUUAUUUAUUUAUAUUGGUAAAUAUGGGAUUCUUUUGUGUAUGUGAUUUCAUUAAUAAAACGAUGAACUGAUUUCAGCAUCAGUAUUGUUUUAGAAGGUAUCAAUGUUGCAAUCAACAUAUGCAAUGUGUUUUCAAAAAGGAUUUAAUCAAUUAAUUAUUAAAAGUUUAAUUAGUGUUCUGUGAUGGUUGUCAGAAAUACUGUAUAACAAUGAAUUAAAAAAGGGUUGUAUAAUUGCUUUAACUAUAUUAUACCCUACUGGAAUUUUGCCAAAAAAAAAUUGUUUAUUUGAAUUUGACUGAAAAUUAUUGAAAAUCACACUCAUCUGACUGUUGAAUUGAGAGUCUGCUGACAUUGUCAUUUUUUUAUUAGUCAAUAUUGUUUCUAUAGGUGAUAAAAAUUGCUUUCCUUUAGCCAAAAUGACCAAAGUUAUUUUGAUGUUUUUUUUAUACAAAUGUGCAUCACAGAAUUGUUCACUUUGUAGAUAAUCACGAUUGCUAUACUUUGACAUACCCAAGAAUACCAAAUUUUCCUUUCACUACUUAUGCUCACUAGCACUUUUAACACAAGAUCACACAUGUAAAUAAUACGAUAGACAGUAGCUUAUAGAUUAAUAUAAACUGGUAUCAAAUUGACUGCAGUCCUGCUUCUUUGUUUGUACAUUAGAUGGUUGUAAUCAUUUAUUAUUAUUAUUAUUAUUAUUUUUAUCAUUAUUAUUAUUAUUAUUAUUAAAACUGUACAUGCUUGUAACUGUAGUGUCUGGUAACACUUAGCUCUGUCACAGUGACAAGCCCAACUCACACAGUGAGACAGUUCCUCAGCUACCUGUUGUGAGAUAAUUGAGCUUGUAGCUUAGCAAGACCAAGUCUUUUCAAAGCUUAUUACUUAAAUACAAUGAGAGAUAAAAGUUAACAUAAGAUAAUAUAGGCUUAACGGACGAUUUAUUAAUGUGUUUAAUUGGUUAUGUGUAAUAUAUAUAAUAAGCAAGGUUAACAGCUGCUGCUUGUCCCUAAAUGUAGUGGUGAUCAUGGAGUAAUAUUAUGUAUAACAGAAUGUUUGUAAAUAUAUGAUUUAAAAAUAAUACUUUUUAAAACAAAAAACAAUCCUUGAAUAUCCCUCAGUGUUGCAAGCUGUAGGUCUUCAUAAGCUACAGUAUCUUUGUAUGGGAGCCUUACGUAGCCAAAACAUUCCGAUGAUUUGCUGUAUUUACAGAUGUACAGUUAGAAUUAGACAUUGUUAGCAGGUGAACUGAAGUUUAGUCCAAAACUGUAUGUGGUCUUUCCAGUGGACUAAAUAAUUGGAAGAGAUAUCAAGGCCGGAGCAUAUUUAAUACAUAGAUACUCUAUGUAGGUCACUGCCCCAGUAAAGGUGUCGCUGUAAUCGAGACAUCUGGAAACGCGAGUUGUAAGUUAGUCUGGGUGCAUGUGACCACGCUCUUGACUGUACUGGUAGUUCCAGUUUGGGAGGGUUGAACUUUAAUGUCAAAUACACGUAUAUAAAUAUAUGCAUAUGGUCAAUAAAUCAGGAUUUACUUUAACA